AUGGGCAGAUCAAAAGAGGAGAGCAAAAACGAGGGCCGCUACGGAGGCAAAGAAGGUGGGAAUGAAGGUGGUGGUGGCGUCGGAGGUGGGGCCUGGAGCCGGAGGAUCAGCGGCGGAGACACCGUUCACGGAGGAGAGUGCUAUCAACAUGAGGACCAUCAAGGCAGUUGCCAGCAUCUUCAUCUUCAAGAUGGGGCUGGAUGGUGGAGUUUAUAUACAAAUGGAGGUGAAGCGCUAUUCGGGGCAGAACCAGAUCCGAAUUCCGACUCAGAAUCUAGAAAAUCUGAGGGCAGCAGAAAACGAAUGAAGAAAAAGAAUAAAACUCGAACCUCCAGUUCCAAGAGAAAACGGUCAAGAGAUAGUGAUUCCUACCCUUUGUUGUCUGAUUAUGAUGAUUUAGUGAUUCGGAGUCGGGCAGUUCACAUUACAUCGAUCUGA